AUGCCUCCCACCCCGCUGGGGCCUGCCCUGCCCCCGCACCUCGCCGCGGAGCCCUCCGAGCACUUUCCCACAUCGGCAAGCUACGAGCUGAAGGGUCAUGAAGGCCCCGUGUACGCUGUGCGCUUCAACAGUCAAGGCACCUACUGCUUGUCCUGUGGCAAGGAUCGUACGCUUCGUCUGUGGAACCCACACACCGGCAGACUCGUGAAGACGUACACUGGGCAUGGAUAUGAUGUCCGGGAUGUGACUGUCACCAAGGACAAUAGCAAGUUUGCGUCCUGCGGCGGAGACAAGCAGGUCUUUGUCUGGGACGUCGGGUCCGGAAAGAUAAUCCGGAAGCUGCGAGGCCACGAUGCGCCCAUCAAUGCGAUCACGCAGGGCGCCGGCGACGAGGUGCUGGUGACGGGGUCCUACGACCAGGCGGUCAAGGUCUGGGACUGUCGCUCCCGCUCGUUUGACCCCGUGCAGGUGAUGACCGACGCGUCGGACAGCGUCACCAGCGUGACGACUAACACGGCCGGCGGACGCGCCGAGGUGGCGGCGGCGAGCGUGGACGGCGGCGUGCGGCGGUAUGACAUCAGGAUGGGCUGCCUCUUCACCGACGCGCUGCACGUGCCGGUGACCCACCUGGCAGCUUCCCGAGACGGCGCCAUGCUCCUGGCCGCCUGCAUGGACUCCUGCAUCAGGCUCCUGGAUCGUGCUGAGGGCGACUUGCUCAUGGAGUUCAGAGGACACAAGCAUGCGUCUACGCGCAUCGAGUGCUGCCUCAGUCCCACCGACGCCCAUGUGUUUGGCGCGUCCGAGGAUGGACGUGUGUGCAUCUGGGACCUGGCGUCUGGCGAGAUGGUGGAGAGCCACCAGGCCCACAGCGACAGCGUGUGUAGCAUGGCCCUGCACCCGGAGGGCAGUACCUUGUGCACCAGCUCGGUGGAUGGCCUGAUCAAGGUCUGGGUGUGA